UUUUUUUAGGCGCAAUACGAUACCCCAGUUGUUUACUGUGAAAGCUGAUCUCACAUAAUUUUCCUCUAUUAUUUACAUAAUUGAGUAUUUACAGUGAGUUGACCCCUUGCUUUAUGAUUUCUAUUAUAAGGACACUUUAGUUUGCCAUCACAGGAUACUAUUCACAAAGAUUCACAAAUAUUGAGGGCUGAAUUAGACCAGGGAUAAUGAUAUCCUGACUGGAAACGAAGACUACGGAUUCAUUUAUAUUUUUUGGUAACAAGAUUUCGUCCUUAUCUUUGGUGUAAUGGAUCUGGAGGAGCUUAAAAGUGUGAUACGAACCGUGCAAGAUCAGCACACAACAAUACAGCUUUUACAAUCCGAAAUUCAUUUCCAGAAGGAACGAAUUGAUAAGCAAGAUCGAGUUAUUGACCAGUUAUCCACCAAGAUUGAACAACUGGCGGAACAGCUUUCACUACAAACCAACAGCACCGAAAAACGUAAUGACGAAAGCCCGAGUAGUAUCUGGAAGGACACUGAAAAUCUGUCAAUUGCGGAAGCCGUUAAAGAAACUGCAGAGAAAGUUCUUAUGAAUAAUUUGGGUUUUGUAUUUGACCUCAACACAAAACUGUACUGCAAUUAUUCAACAGGAUAUUAUUAUGAUCCGGGUCAGGAACUGUUUUACAAUGGUCACACGGGAGUUUACUACACUUAUGACGCUGACAAUCAAAAAUACCUGUUCCAUUCACAAGUUCAACUCGACCAAAAUGUUGAAACAGUGAGAAAAAAGACUAGAAAGAUAAUUAGAAAAGGUGGAAAUGAAAAAUCAGUUGCAAAACAGCCCUCACCAACCUCAAAUAAUUCUACUAGUUGCUCUCAAAUUGGUCAAUGUGUUGAAAAAAGAAACAUUCAUAAAUCCAAGUCGAAAGUGAAGAAAUCUGAAGGAUUAAUAGACGCAAACUUAAAGGAAUCUGUGAUUGGUGAAGACAUGGAAGAAGGCGAACUGAGUGGUUCUUCUGGCUGCGAAAGCAGCACUUCAGAUGCCUCAGAAGAAGAAAUUUUAACUUCAAAAGACCACUAUAACUCAAGUACUGAUGACGAAGAGCAAGAAUAUCCCCCUUGUAUCCGAGCGAUCGUGUUGGAGUCUAUUUCUAGUACAAUUAGGAAAGGAUCUCUAUUUCUAAUCACGUGUAUGGGGGGAACAAUUGGUAGCGAAGGGCUACAUCACACCAUCAUGCUGCCAGAUCCUUCAGUUGAGAAGCAUCAUGCAACCAUUGUUUAUUCGUCAACUGUGGACGAUAAUGGCGAUGAUAAGAACUUAAAGAACUACUUCAUAAGUGAUCAUGGAAGUUCCACAGGAACGUUUUUAAAUGGUAUUCGAUUGUCGGAGUCCCAGCAGUGCAGUGAAAAGCAUGCAAUAGUCCAUGGAAGUAUAGUUAAGAUUGGUGGGUUUUCAAUUUUAAUGCAUAUUCAUCCUGGCUCUUUCACUUGUGGUCACUGUGAGCCAGGUUUGCUCAUGGGAAGUGCUGAAAGCAUCGAAUCACAAAGGCCAUCUUACCACGCGGAGAUACCAAAGACUAGAAAUGCACUAAUGAAGCAAAUUAAAAAAAAGUACGGAAUAGAGAAGCACAUUUCCUUGCCUGAUGCUGAUUCUUAUAAAGAUAGAUCACAUGAAAGGAGAACAGUCAAGGGGUCUGAUAAUCCAUAUGAGAAAACUCAAGUCGUAAAUGCAGAAGAAUCCAUCUCCAAAAAUAACAAAGGGUUCAAAAUGCUAUCAAAAAUGGGUUGGAAUGAAGGUUCGUCGUUGGGAAAUAUGGGCAAUGACGGCCUCCUUGAACCAGUGAGACUGGAGAUGAGAUGCGAUCGGUCUGGCCUGGGGAUGGAAUCUUCUUCUCUUCAGAAUGACUUCAAGAAAUCGCCCAGCACUUCCCGAAGCCGGGUGGACCAGCUGGCCAUCACGAUGAAGCGAUUUAAAGAAGCUGCUGGAGCAACGGAGAUUAAAAUGGAAGUUGAUGCCAACGUGGUGGGUGAUGGAAACCUGUCCACGUCGUGAAGAAAAAAAUUUCAAAUUCAGAUUGUGUCUUCAAUUUUAAUUAACAGGUCUCAAGUCACCAGUUUCUACUCGAACGGGAUAAUAUUUAUUAUAUAGUUGGAGUGAUACUGUUGUGUUUGUGGAGUGGACAAGUGGCAUUAGUACGUACAUAUUUAUUGAUAUUAUGCAAGACUUGAGUUUAAUCACCCCAUAUCUAAAAAAUAGUGAGGUGUACUGGAUAAUGAAUUAAUAGCAAAUUGUAACUCAAACUGGAUCAUAUUUACGAAUUCAGCCGCCUACGUAUUUUAUCGCAGAAUAAAUUAUCUUACAAUAAACCUGACAACGUACA